GGUUGCGCAGUGCGCCUGCGCCGUCCCAGGAUUUCUCCCAGGACUCAGUUGAAAUAGGAGGUGGUUCGAGGGGUCUGGAGGAAUCGGACUGUGUUCGGCAUCUCCCUUCGAACAGAAGGCGAGCUGCACCACCGCUGCUCAAGGGCUGUCUGACACGGUCUCGGUCGUUUUUGGCUGGUGCCACCAGCCCCCCUGUAACCCCACUUCGCCGACGCAACGCCAUCUCCGAGUUCAGAGCAUGCCAACUUGGGUAUGCGCUUGUGCCACAGCCGCCGCCCCCUCCAGCUCCACAUCUGCCAUUAGUUCAAGCGAAAAAGCGGCGACCCUCGCAGUGCCCGAGGAGUUCCCCGGUGCAGGUUUCUGCAAGUUGGCCAGGUCUCCUGCAGCUAGCGCUCUACCUGCGAGCACGAUGGGCAGUAAGACUAUUCCGGCUCCGGUUCCCAUUCACCCGUCGCUGCAGCUGGCGAAUUAUGCCUUUCUCCAAGCUUCCAACGGCAUUCCCACGCCACCAGAGCAGCUGCACAACCUCUACGGCUUCAGCACCCUGCACACGGUCCACCUCCACCAGUGGACCCUGGGCUACCCUCCGAUGCCUUUGCCCCGAUCAUCCUUUUCCAAAGUGCCCGCUGUUUCGGCUCUGGUCGACACUCGAUUUCAACUGCCCACCAUCCCGAUCUUCCCUCAUGUAUUCCCGCCCAAGCAAGAAUCAAGCAAUGUUCCAAACAAGACAAGGCCUAGGUUCGACUUCGCCAAUUUGGCCAUUGCAGCCACCCAGGAGGAUCAUCCUAAACUCGGAGAAAUAGACGAACAGUGUUCUCCUUCGGCCAUUGGUUCCCUGCUGGAUGUCACCAAGCUGUCGUCGGAAAGGAAGCCCACCAGGGGCAGAUUGCCGUCCAAAACCAAGAAAGAAUUUGUCUGUAAAUUCUGUGGCAGGCACUUUACCAAAUCUUACAAUCUAUUGAUUCACGAAAGGACCCACACCGACGAACGGCCUUACACGUGUGACAUUUGUCACAAAGCGUUUAGGAGACAGGAUCACCUCCGCGAUCACAGGUACAUUCAUUCCAAGGAAAAACCCUUCAAAUGUCAAGAAUGCGGCAAAGGAUUUUGCCAGUCCAGAACAUUAGCUGUUCACAAAACACUGCACGUGCAGGUAAAAGAACUCAAAACUUCUAAAAUUAAGUGCUGAGCACAAGCCUGAAAACAGGACAUUGGGUGGAACUUUGAGCGCCUGUAAUGUGGACAUAUCUGUCAAAUUUAGAAGCAGCAUAGACUAUAUCCAUUCUGCCACCGUCCUUUCCUGUUAUUUUAAUUCCAGUUGCGAACAGAUUACUUGUGGGAUUCCACUCUCAGAAGACCUAUGUCGUUUUCCAAGGGAGAACAAAAACUUAUUUGCUUCAGUAGAUUCCCUCCCAUUACACAAAGGCUGUUGAACUCUGUCGCUCUUGUUGACGACCUCCGGAGUGAACUUGGGAGCCAGAAGAAGACGUUUAACCAGGAAUCUCCGCACAAAUGCUAGCACGUGUGGCAGAACGUGUAAUUGAAGAAGCAGAACUGAAAACGCAUUCUCUAAUCUACAUUAACCCCGAACCCUACAAGUGUGCUCAGCUUGUGAAUGUUUUCCGGAGAAAUUGUGCCUGAGGCGUCUUUGCCUCACACAGAACGCUAAAAACAAUCCAGGAAUCAAAAGCCUUCGAUUAUGGCUAGAAACGUUGCUUGAGUUCAGUCCGUCGAAAUUUAGGGUAGAGGAUGGAUUUUUAUUUUCAAAUUUUAGCUUGAAGCCAAAAAGAAAUCAUAACAGCAGAGAGGGGAAAUGUGGAAACUUUGUGAUGUUUGAAUGUAUGAAGAGCAUCCGACUGAGGGCCGGGCUAAUGUAGGAAAUACCGGCGUCAUGAAGUAAGGAGAGUCAAGCACCUGACAACAAAACUAAAUGCAUCGAUGAGUCUGGUGUCCAGGCUUAAUGUAGGGGUUCGACCCGAAACGUCGACGAUUCCUUUUCUCCCGCAGAUGCUGCUCGACCCGUUGAGUUCCUCCUGCAGAUUUUGUUGCUUCAGAUUCCGGCAUCUACAAACUCCCGUGUCUCAAAAAUACACCGAUGAACAGUGGAGGGAUUGAAAUCUGCACCGCAGUGCUGGCUCGUUAUCUUCAUUGCCUGACAUUGGACAGAGGCAGACUGAGCUGUGUAGCGGGUGCUGAAAAUAAAUCAGAUUGUUGAUUGAAACGACUUUAAAACAGAAGGAACAAAAAAUGACAGAGUUAUGCAAGUUAACAAUAUUUUAAACUACAUUCCAUCCCCCGUGUUUUUAAACACACAUGGUUCUUUGUAAAUGUUUUUGGCACUUUACGCUGUUUUUUUUUACUAUUUUCAUGUAUCACUGGAUUUCUAAUCUUUUAAAACGAAUAAAUUGCCAUUUCCUAGGCAGUAUUUAGUGCGCUGGCCAUUUCUUUUCCAAAAGGGAUUUACUUUAUAUACAACGAGACCGUGUUCCCUUUUCACCGCCUUGAGGCGGAGAACCAAUCGGAUGCACAUCAGAUUACCAAUUCACUGACCUAAACCUAUACGCAUUGGAAGAGACCGAACAACACAGGUCCGCAACCUUCCACCACCUUAUCCGUAUUCUGCACUGCUCUUUUUUUUGUGUUUAUAUAGCUGCCGUUUGCGUCCAGCCGUGAAGACAUAUGUUGAGAUUUUACGAAUGCACCUUUUAUUCUAGGAGCAGCCGCCGAAGUGAGUUGCCUCUUUGAGUGGGGUUGGCUUACUAGCUGCAUUGAGGGAAGGUUGCUCAGAAUGAAGACAAAAGUUUCAGACCUCCCUUUGCU